AUGACCAAGAACCCCUCGCUAACAGCCACAGUCACCCCCGGCAUCACAGCGCAAGAGUACUAUGAUCGCCGCGCCAACCUCGCCCAUCGUCUCCCCGAGGGCGCCCUCGCCAUCCUUCCCGCCGCCGAGCUCAAGUACCGGUCAGGCGCAGUCUUUCACCCCUAUCGCCAAGAGUCCAACUUCCUCUACCUCACCGGCUGGACCGAGGGCGACUCACUCGCUGUCAUUCGCAACACCGGCCCCCAGUGGGGCGACUUUACCUUCCAUCUCUUCUGCCAGCCCAAGGAUGCUACUGCCGAGCAGUGGUCCGGCCCGCGCAACGGCAUCCAGGCGGCCGCCGACAUAUUCAACGCUGACGAUGCCGGCGAUAUCAACAGGAUCGACAGGCUCCUGCCCGACAUUGUCAAGUCAGCCUCGCGCGUCUACACCGACCUCGAGAGGCCGCGCCAGGGCCACGCCGAGAGCAAGCUCUGGUCCCUCGUCAAGGGUGACAAGGCGUGGUGGCCCUCCACCCGCUCGCCCCUGUACCCCAUUCUCAACACGCUGCGCGCCAUCAAGUCGCCGGCCGAGGUCGCCAACAUGCGCAAGGCCGGCCAGAUCUCGGGCCGCGUCAUCACGGACGCCAUGCGCCGCGCCUGGACGCGCGAGAAGGACCUGCACAACUUCCUCGACUACCGCUUCGCCGUCGACGGCUGCGACGGCCCUGCCUACAUCCCCGUCGUCGGCGGCGGCCGCAACGGUUCGUGCAUCCACUACGUCCUCAACAACGAUGUCCUGCGCCCCGGCGACAUGGUCAUGGUCGACGCUGGCGGCGAGUACGGCACCUACAUCACAGACAUUACCCGUACCUGGCCCCUCGACGGCAAGUUCACCCCGCCGCAGAGGGACCUCUACGAGGCCGUGCUCAAGGUCCAGCGCGCCAGCGUUGCCCUGUGCCGCGAAGACGCAAGGCUGACCCUCGACGACAUCCACGACCACACCUACCGCGGCCUGCACGAGGAACUCAAGAGCCUCGGCUUCGAUAUUGCCCACCGCGACAUUUGA